AGAGACUCCUGGCCUCCUCCCUGCCCUGGAGCGUCGCCCUGGCGCUUGGGCACCGGUGGGCCGGCCCCCGGGGGAAGUCCUUGGCAAGACCCGCCCCCGCCCAACACCUGUGCUCUGGACAGGAGCCGGCGGCGCGGCCAUGUGCCCGCCGGUCAGUGCGCGGCCCGGCAGGGAGGGCGUGUCCCACCUGUACGCGUCCUGGCGCUACCAGCUCCAGCACGGGGACCAGCUAAGGAUUUGCUUCAUGUGCUUCAAGUUCGUCUUCCUGAGCUUUAAAGAGGCGCUGGAGUCGGAGGACUGGGAAGACGAGGAGUGGGACCCUGAGUUCCUGGAGAGCCCCGUGGAGGGGGCCGGCUGGGGGCAGGCCCUCGGUCAGGCUGCAGCCGGGGUGUCUGCAGACUGGAGCUCGGACUCCCUGGAGUCGACCCCCGACGAAUCCGCAGAGGGGGGCCUGGACCAGUACUUCGUGCCCACGGAGCUGAACCCUCAGGACGCAGCACCCCUGGGCCUCGGCCCUGAGGAUGCCGACUGGACCCAGGGCCUGCCCUGGCGGUUCGGGGGCAUUCUGGCCUGCUGCCACUGGCCGAGCCCCUACUUUCUGUGGCAGGCAUUUCUCAAAGAGGUCCUGCCCCCCGGGGAGCCCAUGCUGUUGGAGCUGGGCACCACCCGCGCGGUGGACCCUGCCGAGGCCGAGGACUGGUUGCUGGGCUUGCAGGUCAUGUCCAUGGUGGACGACUCCGAUGGCACCUACCUCCGGAACAUGACCGCACUCUGGGCCCUGCGGACCCCGGGCCAGGGCUGGAACGUGCUGCUGGAGCCCGACGAUGUGUGUGUGGUGAAGCUGCAGAGCUCGCCCCCAGGGCAGGACCUGAACCCCUGGAAGCUGAGCAUUCUGGAGACCUCCGAGACGGGCUACGGUGUCGAGCUGGUCCCUGCAGACACAGCCCUGCUCAGGAGGGGGUUCAGCAUCCUCUCUUACUCUCCCUGGAGCAAAAAGGAGGCAGAGGAGAGCGACCCGGCCUCCGGGCCAGAGCCCUCCGCCCAAGGACAGGGCCCCAGCGUUGCUGGGACCGGCGAGGGCCCGUGCCCGGGCCCUGGAGCAGCCGCCCUGUUCCCAGCUCCUCCACCCAAGGCCCGGAAGUGAGGGGCUAGGGUCCGAGCAACCCCUGUCGUCCCGGGUGCCCCAGGACACCCAAGGCUGAGGAGGACUGGCAGCCGCCCCUUCUCCAAGGCCAGGGGAGCUGUCAUCAGAGGAUGGGACUCGGGCCUGAAACAGGCUCUCAGCAGGAAGCAGCACAGAUGUCCUCAGCUGGGGACAGGGUUCAUACCUGGGGACUGUCAUGGAGGUGGCAGUGUGACUGCUGUGUGGGGGCUUCUGUGCAGCCCGUGAGGUGG